GUUUGAGUGUUUGCGAAAAUGGUCAUGUAAAUGUUUGCAUUUUUCUACCAUUAUUUUUACAAAUUUAGUAUAUUCUGGGUCAUUUUGAAGCCAACGGAAUCUUUUUGGAACAUAAUAAAGCAAUGCCAAGCAAUGAAAUUACUUUACACUUCGUAAAAGGUGGUGAAUUUCAUGAUGGGAAAUCACUACAAGAUGUUUUUGUAAAGGUCAAAUCUAAGGAACUGGAUGUGGAACUUGUGUCAGGCAAAGAACUUUUGGAAAAGGGUGUCGAUGAAGACAAGACACUGUUUGUGACCGAUGAAUUUACUGGAGAUGUUUUUGAGUUGCUGCUUGCGCAUAAAAAGAGGAUUUUUGGACCAAUUUGUGUGCUACAAUGUCUUGAGAAUGAGGUGCCUUUACCAAAUAGAUUACACCCUGUGUACUGUCUGACUAUGUCUGGAGCAAUAGUGUCAUGCACCAACAUUGCAAGGCCCUUGCGGGAAAAACUUAAGCAACUUAUUGAACGCAUGAAUGGUGUUUUUGCAAGAGACUUAACAGAAGAGGUAACACAUCUGAUCGCUGGUGAAGUUGGCAGCGCCAAAUACGCUACUGCCGCUAAAUUGAAGAAGCCAAUUGUUCUGCCGUCAUGGGUUGAAGAGGCAUGGCAGCACAUGCAAAAUGAGCACCAGUUUGACGGUACGGAUGCAAAAUUUGUUGAUGAACAUCGUUGUCCAAUUUUGAAAGGAUGUUCAAUUUGUGUGAGUGGGCUAGAUGCAAGGCGAAGAGAGGAGAUUAAACGAUUGGUUGAGAAGCAUGGGGGUAUUUACCUAGCUGAUCUACAGUUGAAGCACACCACACAUUUAUUAAUCGAGAAACCCACUGGAAAGAAGUAUAAUUUUGCAUUACGUUGGAGUGUACAUUGUAUCCAGCCAGAUUGGUUAUAUGAUUGUAUUAACGCUGGUUGUUGGCUUGAUGAAAGGGAAUAUUUGGUGAUGCUAGAUAGUGAUUUAAACUCCACUAGUAAAAUCAAUGGAACACUUAGUGCAACGACAGUUGAUGCCACAAUGAAUAACACCACCAUCUCUAGUAGCGAGGUUUCAAGGAAGGCGGCACAAGCUGCUAAGCAAAGUGCCAAGAGUUACGGAAGUAAAGACCGAGCUAACGAAUCUCGUCAGCUAUCACUAACGACAAUCCAGACAUCUGGUUUGAGAAUGUUGCACAAAUCCAAACACACAGCCAAUAAAGAUGCAACAUGUGAUUAUAAUGUUCCAAUACCAUCAGGGGAUCAGUUCCUGGAUGGAUGUCGACUUUAUCUGACUGGUUUUAAUGAAGGGCAACUGGACUAUCUUCAGAAGAUCAUUAAUGCAGGUGGUGCAACAAGGUUUAAUCAGAUCAACCCUAGUGUGUCCCAUAUUGUUGUUGGGGAUAAACCAAUAAAAGAUAUUGAGAAAUUACUGAACUCCGAGUUUUCACCUCAUGUUGUUACAGUCCAGUGGUUGCUGCAGUCAUGUCGGCAUGUCAAAUGCUUGCCUGAACAGGGUAUGUAUUACACUAAGUUGAUCAACAUCGUAGGAUACUGUACAUGCUACACAUGCAUCAGGGCUUAAAAAAUAGGCGUAUGGAUGUACAAUUGUACACAGAAAUUAGCUUGGCGUAUGCCAAGAAUUUCAGAAAAGUACGAUUGUGUACACUUCCUACAACAGAGCUAAACCGUUACUCCUUUCUGUUUGCCUUAAAAUCCUUCAGACAAUGAACAAACAUUUGCCUCUGAAACAUUGAUCCAGAAACAUCGAAUUCACUGCUCGAAUCCUGGACCGCCAUCUUUGUUACGUCUUUUAAAUCCAGCAUUUCAAACGUAUUUCUGUACAGGAAUUUUAUAUGUAAACUAGCUAGUAUACAAAGUUGUACAUCAACAUUGAUUAAACAUACAGUACUUCAUACAGAGUGUACGACCUCGUACGGCAUUUCUGAUUUAUUUUUUAAUUUAAGCCCUGCAUGCAUCCCCAUUUACUUAUACCUCCUGUUUUUAAAAACAACAUUUAUAAUAUACAGGGUUCAAGUUUAGUAUUUCUGAAAUGGUGAAACAUAGUGAAAAAGUAAUUUUCCAAUAGUGGGUUUUAAAAUUAGUAAUUUUCCAAUAGUGGGUUUUAAAAUUAGUAAUUUUCCAAUAGUGGUUUUUUUUUAAAGAUUUGGGUGUUUUUUUAAAGAUACUUUUUAAAGAUACAAAAAUUUACUUUAGAGUACUACUGCUUUGAAUCAAAUGAUGUGUUCGAAGAGGCUGGAAAGUCAAAUGAGAAGAAUAAUGACAAAGAAAAGAAAGUUCCAGAGACAAGAGUUGAUAACGAGAAUGAUGAAAUUUUGAAACAAUAUUUAGUUGUGAUGCAAAACAAUAACCAACCAUCUACAGUUAAAGGUACAGUGUAUACAGUCAAAUUCUUUAAUUACAGUAAUCUCACAUAACUUUUGUCAUAAUAUUCCGAAUUUCGUUUCGACGUUUGCAAGUUUGUUGCAAUUAGUUUGAAGUUUGUAAGUUCACAAAACCAGUUUAUAAACUAAGCAUUUGAUUGGCUUCUUGCAAUUCAUGGACCAAUUAGAAGCUUUGUUUACAGACCAGCUUGCAAAUUUCAAUACUCAACUUUCAACUUCGAAACAGAUUUUGCAAACUUUCGAAUGAAUUUUGGAACAAUUUGGCAAACGUUUAGUGAAAUCAACUGUAACAGACACUUAGUGAAGUUCUCAAAUGACAUGCAAAAAUUUUUUUACCUUCAUGCAGCAGAGACCUCAAACAAGAUUUGA